AUGAUCAGAAAUCCAGAUUACACAAACUUUGUUUGCUGUGCUGUUUGUAAUAAAAUCAUACCACCAGCCCCUUUUGGGGAAACUUUCCAACGGAUCCACGAAUACAAGCCAUUUAAGACACGCUUUUACACUCACAAAGAUAUACUAGAUAUUGGGGAAAACAUUCUGAAUCAAGAAGAGCAAUUUCAAGAAACUAUACUCAAAGAAAGUAUUGCAAAAGCAGAAGCUAAAGUAUGGAGCCAGGCUAUUGAGCUCCAAAAACAAGCAGUGGAUAAAGCACUCGAAGAUGCAGAUGCCAGACACAAAUUUGAAAUUCAGGUUUUAGAAGACAAACAUCAACAAGAUUUACAGGAAAUGGAAACUAAAACCAGGAUAGCAAUGUUUCAAAACAUGGAUGAUGAAAUGAAGAGAGAACACUUGGCUGCAGAACAACGUAUGGUCCACAGAAUCCAAAGGAUCAUGAUGGAGUGCCACAGGGAGAAGAUGGAGGCCGUGAAGAAAGCCAGGGAGGAAGAAAGGAUGAUAGCAAAGGAAGCACUAGAGGCCCAAAAACGCAAGGCCAUGGAGGACCUUGUGAAUACUGGUAUAACAGUUAUUAAGGACCAGAAGGCAAAUAUGGGCCAGUUGAUAAAGGCAAAGGAACUUGAAAUGAAUGUAUACUACGGCUUGGCUCAGAAGCAGAAACAAGAAGAAGUGCAGGAAGUGCUUCAAGAAGCAGAGAAAACACAUCGGGCUACUCUUGGCAAUGUGAUGGGUAAACUGGUUAAUACCCAGGGGGAGCUGCUGACCAUAGCAAAGCAACUGGGAAUUAUGACAAACUGGAAAAAUUUUCUGGAGGAGGAAUUACAGGAAACCAGGGCAGCAUUUCAAAAAUACAUCAAUUAUACUUUCCCUAAGCUUUCACCAGGACAUGCUGAUUUUAUUCUGCCAGAAAGGAAGAAAACACCUUCCAAUCUUGUUAUUAAGGAGGACGAAAUAAUUCUUGAUUAAAAGUUGUCAGCUGAAAUGUCACUACAAAAACAGCAUUCCAAAGACUAAAUAAAUACACUCAAAAACCA